CCUGCGCCCGGUAGAGACGGAGGCGGCGGGCAGGGGAAGGAGCGCGCGCGCGAGGCGACUGCGCGUCCGAGGCCGGGACUGGACGGCAUCAUGGAAGGCGAGAGGACGUCGGCGAUGAUCUCGGGGUUUGUGUUCGGCUCCCUCGCUUUCCAGCACCUGAACUCCAACGCCGACACGGAAGGUUUUCUCCUUGGGGAGGUGAAAGGUGAAGCCAAGAACAGUAUUACAGACUCUCAGUUGAAUGAUGUUGAAGUUGUUUAUACAAUUGACAUACAAAGGUACAUUCCAUGCUAUCAGCUCUUCAGCUUUUAUAACUCAAUCGGUGAAGUAAAUGAGCAGGAGCUGAAGAAGAUCAUCCCAUGCUGCAAAAAGAAUGUUAUUGGAUGGUACAAAUUCAGACGUAAUUCAGACCAAGUGAUGACAUUUCGAGAGAGGAUUCUUCACAAAAAUUUACAAGAACAUCUUUCAAAUCAGGGCCUUGUUUUUCUGUUACUAACACCAAGCAUAGCCACAGAAAGCUGCUCCACUCAUAGGCUGGAUCAUGCUUUACAUAGACCUCAGGAAGGAGUUUUCCAUAAAGUGCCUUUAGUGGUGACCAACUUAGGUAUGUCAGAGCCACAAGGAUACAAGACUGUGUUGAGCUCCUGUACAUCCACUACCUUUGGCCGAACAGUCCAUGCACAUAGGUCAGAGUUUUUUAAUGAAGAUGGAACUUUAAAAGAAGUCCAGAAGAUAAGUGAACUCUGUGCCACUGUACAAGAGGAAUUAAAGGAAAUAUGCACUCAAGUAUUAGACAGUGAGCAAUCAGUAGAAAAAUUAAUAAAAGAUAUAAACAGACUAAAAGAAGAACUUGCAGCAAGAAAGAGAGCCAAGACUGUAGUAUCAGCAGUGACAAAUCGUGACUUGGAAACAGAAGAGAAUGUUCUUCUCUGUCAAGCUUUACGGACAUUUUUCCCAAAUUGUGGAUUUCUUCAUUCAUGUAUUGUGUGUUUGAAAGGCAGGCAGAUUUCUAGAAACUGCUGUACCACUGACCACAAACUCCAUGUAGUGAGUGAAUUAACUCUGAUGCUGGAAACCCCUGAUUUUCCAGAAGAUGACGAAACAAGAUGUGGAGUUAAGGGUCAGUCUCUUGACUUAGAGAACCAAAGACCACUCAAGAAGGCACGACUGUUACAAACUCCUAAUCAGUCUCUUAAAAGAGAUCACGAAAACAAUGAUCAGGAAGCAGAACUGACAAGCAGUAUAGAAACAGAUGAAGAAACAGAGAAAUUGAAGGACAAUAUUGAAUAUCCAGAGUCGCCAACUUUCUGAAUCUUUCAUGCAAUUUUCCUGACUGUCCCAACUGACCAAAGGGCAGCAGAGGGGAAAAAAGUUUACUGUGUUUUAAAAUACUAAUGGGAUAAGUUCUAAUAAUUUUCUAAAGUAUUGGUUCAUAUAAAAUAUUUUUGAAACAUUAAAUUAGGAAUGUGGCAAUAUUUUUAUUACAGUACUCUAGGAGUAUGGCAAAAAUUACUAGUCAUUUUCCAAGUUGUUUAGUUUUUGUAAAUAAAAGCUUUUACUGAAACUGUUAAUCCACUUCGUAGAGGAAAUAUCUCUGUAAAAAACCAUCCUAAAACUUGAAGCUAUAUUUUUUAAAUUGGUCAAAGAAAUAAAGGCCACACUAAGAAGUUAAAUUUCAGAACUCAA